CCGGGCAGCCGCGGCGUCCCGUGUCGGCGGGAAGAUGGCGGCCUUAGGGUCCCCGGCGCGCACUUUGCGAGGCCUCUUGCGGGAGCUGCGCUACCUGAACGCGGCCACCGGCCGACCUUAUCGCGACACCGCGGCCUAUCGAUACCUUGUGAAGGCUUUCCGUGCACACCGGGUCACCAGUGAGAAGCUGUGCAGAGCCCAACAUGAGCUACAUUUCCAAGCUGCCACCUAUCUCUGCCUCUUGCGCAGCAUCCGGGAACACGUGGCCCUGCAUCAGGAAUUUCAUGGCAAGGGUGAGCGCUCAGUGGAAGAGUCUGCUGGCUUGGUGGGUCUCAAGUUGCCCCGUCAGCCUGGAGGGAAGGGCUGGGAGCCAUGAACAUGGAGAGAUUCUUGGAUGCUGCCUUCAUAUGAGGAUUUAAUUAUUUCUAUCAAUAUGUAUUUAUCAUUAAAAAAAUUUAUUUUAAAGUUUAGGAUUUUUCUCUGUAAAAUUUUUAUUGAAUGAGAGGUUCUUAGAGGAAUAAACUGGAGGUUUCAUCUUUA